AUGCUAGCCCCAGGGCCAGCGGGCACGACUAUGAUCGGCGAGAGCAAUAUUGAAGCUGCCGCUCGACGCGGACUGGAAAAGCAGCGCCAGCACGACAACGCUAUGAAGUUUUCGAACAAAAUUCCCUCGACCGAUACCAACGCCAACACCUCCAACAAGACGUUACCCACAUACAAGUCAUCUACAGAGGACGAAUCGCAGGAACAACCACAGAGUCUGAAGGAUCAGCGCAAGAGGAACGGUCAAGCCCCGUCUCAACCAGAAUCCAAAGAUCCAUCGAAAUUGGAUUCUAUUGAAGGAUCAAGUCAAGAGCCAGCCCAAUCCCAGAGUGGGCUUCGCAGUAAAUGGCAACGCGUUUGCAGACGAUUUCAUGCUAAAAAUAUCCUAAAACAUCCAUGA